AUGUCUGGGCGCAUUAGCAGUACAACGACUCUUAGUCCCUCAGACGCACAUCCAUCGGGUAAAGGGUUGAGAAUGCUUGGCACCAUGACGACGAAACGAUUGGACAGAGACAAGCUUGAGGUGUUGAAAGAGUUUGUGAGCAAUGUAGCAAACCAGCCACUAGAUGAAACGCUUGGUGACAUCGUAACAGCAAUGCUGGAGCAAUUUGACUUUCAAGAGAAUAAACUGCGAGUGCUUAAGCUGCUCGGACCUUCCCUUCGGCACAACGUCAGUGUUGUUCGUCAGCUUGUGCUGGGGCUACAGUUUUAUUCAGACCGUCUCGAGAUUGUCAGUGCACUGGGACUCGAUCCAAAAGACGUGCUACUAUAA